GAACUGACUUGUGUAUUACUACUGAACAGGAAGUCAGCUGUAACCUAAGCAGAGUAGGAGAACUGACUUCCGGCUAGUGUGGGUGGUAAACAGAAUUGUAUAUUCUGCAGGAGUUGUGGCUCGUAGUAACGAGCUAAACUUUUAGGGCAAUUUUUAAAUCUCCUUCUGUAGAAUAAAUGUCAGGAGAAAUGACCGAAGAUAAGAAGGAUGAAGAGAAGGUGUAUGGAGGUUGUGAAGGGCCUGAUGCUAUGUAUGUAAAGCUCAUUUCAUCAGAUGGUCAUGAAUUUAUAGUAAAACGAGAACAUGCCUUGACUUCUGGAACGAUUAAAGCUAUGUUAAGUGGUCCUGGGCAAUUUGCUGAGAAUGAAACAAAUGAAGUUAAUUUUAGGGAGAUACCGUCUCAUGUUCUACAGAAAGUCUGCAUGUAUUUUACUUACAAAGUUCGUUACACAAACAGUUCAACUGAAAUUCCUGAAUUUCCAAUUGCUCCAGAAAUAGCAUUGGAAUUGUUGAUGGCAGCUAAUUUUCUUGACUGUUAAUUUUUUGGCAUGUAUGUUUCUGCAGAUCUAUUUGUGUGCACGAUUGAAAUAAAUUUGUGGCCAAUAAUUAGAUAUCUACUAUUGGAGCUGUUCUGUAAGAGUAUUUGGUACUGGAUCUUACUCCCUGAGAGAUGGAUAUGGUUACUUGAUACUUACAAUCUUAACAAAUGAUUAUAUGUAUUGGAAGAAAGAUUUUGCUUUCCAUAUACACUGGAGAUUAACUAGGUUUGCAACAGAUUUAGACAGGAACAUAAAAACUUAAGUUCAUAAAGAUAGGUUUAGUGCAUAAUAUUUUGUACUUUUCUAAGUAUUUUUUUUUUUUUUAUUUAAGUCCUUGUUCCUGCAAUCCUACUGUAUUACUUUUCAUUUGUGAAAUCAAAUGUACGCAAUGUACUUAUAAUUCCAUCAGAUGAAUUGAUGCUUUUGGAUGAGAUUUUUUUGGUUAAAAUAUUUCUUUUAAAAAUACUAGCAGUUUUUAUUUUCUUGCUUGAAUACUUCUGAUAUAAAACCUUUGUUCUGUGAUCACCUGAAAUCACUAGUUUGCCUGUCUAACGUUGCUCUCUUUAUCAUUAGGCAACUUUCAAUUGACUGUUGUAGUGAUCUUAAAGAUAUUUGUGUUUGGAAACUCUAAAUUAACCUUUCAGUGUAAUUAAAUCACCAUCUUGCCUAGUUGUUUGAUGUUGUUCUUAUAAAAAGAUCAUGAGAAUGAUA